UAAUAAAUACAAUUACCUUCAAUGGACUUAUAAGAGACUUUUUCAUAUCAACCUAAAAACACAAGACACAUCAAUAAAAUCAGAAGCUUCGCUUGAAACUUUAGCGACAUAUCGUAUUGGAGUUAAGAUAAAAACAUUGCAAAAAUCGAAAGAUAUAACCCAUCAUAUCGUACAAAGUACAGAAGAAACCCCAUGACAGUGCUAUUCGCAAACAAACACUGGGCUUUGGCCUAGAACGCUCAACGAGAAGACUUGAAGAAAAAGCCAGGAAAAUGCAUAUCAGGGAAAUAGCUUUCCUGCUCCUCGGCCUGCUGCCUGGAAUUAUCCUGGGCAAUCGCUACAAUCAGCUGCAUCUGUACGCCAAUUCGGCCGGAGGCAGCUCCUCAUCCUCCAGCCCAGGAAGCUAUAGACCUUCCCAGUCGUCCCAGAACGAGGUCUACUCCAUAGCGGACAGCCAGCCGAUGACGGAGGAUGGCUACAUGCCCUCCAAUCAGCACAAUCAGCACUUUCCACCCGCCCACUCCGACCUGGAUCCGCCUGCCCAGCAGCAGAGCACCUGCCAAACGGUCUGCGCCUGCAAGUGGAAGGGCGGCAAGCAGACGGUCGAGUGCAUCGAUCGACACUUGAUCCAGAUACCCGAGCACAUCGAUCCCAAUACCCAGGUGCUGGACAUGUCCGGCAACAAGCUGCAGACCCUGUCCAACGAGCAGUUCAUCCGUGCCAAUCUGCUCAAUCUGCAGAAGCUGUAUCUGCGCAACUGCAAGAUUGGCGAGAUCGAGCGCGAGACCUUCAAGGGGCUGACCAAUCUGGUGGAGCUGGAUCUCUCGCACAAUCUCCUGGUGACCGUGCCCAGUCUGGCCCUGGGCUACAUAUCCUCGCUGAGGGAGCUCACCCUGGCCUCCAAUCACAUACACAAGAUCGAGAGUCAGGCCUUCGGGAAUACGCCCUCGCUGCACAAAUUGGAUCUCUCGCACUGCGAUAUUCAGACCAUUUCCGCCCAGGCCUUCGGUGGCCUCCAGGGACUGACGCUGCUCCGCCUGAACGGAAACAAACUCAGCGAACUGCUGCCCAAGACCAUUGAGACCCUGAGCCGAUUGCACGGCAUCGAACUGCACGACAAUCCGUGGCUCUGCGACUGCCGACUGAGGGACACAAAACUCUGGCUGAUGCAACGGAAUAUCCCCUAUCCGGUGGCUCCCAUUUGCUCCGGCGGUCCCGAGAGGAUCAUCGAUCGCAGCUUCGCCGAUCUGCAUGUCGAUGAGUUCGCCUGCCGACCCGAAAUGCUGCCCAUUUCGCAUUACGUAGAGGCUGCCAUGGGCGAGAAUGCCUCGAUCACUUGUCGAGCGAGAGCUGUGCCGGCUGCGAAUAUCAAUUGGUACUGGAACGGACGACUGCUGGCCAACAACUCGGCCUUCACCGCCUACCAGAGGAUACACAUGUUCGAGCAGGUGGAGGGCGGCUUCGAGAAGCGAUCGAAGCUGGUGCUGACCAAUGCCCAGGAGACGGACUCCAGUGAGUUCUACUGCGUGGCCGAGAACCGAGCCGGCAUGGCGGAGGCCAAUUUCACCCUGCACGUUAGCAUGCGGGCCGCGGGAAUGGCCUCCCUGGGAAGUGGCCAGAUCGUAGGCCUAAGUGCCGCCCUGGUGGCCCUCAUUGUCUUUGCCUUGGGGGUCAUCAUGUGCCUGCUGCUGAGGGUCAAACGACAGCCAUAUGUGGACAGCAAGACGCCCAAUCACAUGGAGGUGAUUACGUCGGUCAACCAUCAGAACUCCAUAACGAACAAGACGCAGCCGGCGACGGGAAAUGGCAGCAUUGGCGGCGUGGUCAUUGCCAAUGGGGCAGUGGCCAAUAUUAUUGAUGGCGGAGUGGUGCAGGGCGGAACUCUGGAGCGGAAGAGCAGUGGCAGGGGCGUCUCGCACGGGGGCCACGAUCAGAGAUCAGCAAAUCCAGUACAGAAGCCGCCGCGACUCACCGACCUUCCCUACUCCACGCAGGGCUAUGACAACAACGGCAGUGUCCUGUCCACCGCCUCCUGCUUCAUCUCGCCCACUGGAUCCACCGGAAAUGGUGGAAAUAACCCGGAUCUCAUCAACGACACCAAGCGCUUUGGGAGCGAUGAAUUUGCCGAUCUGAAGAUACCGCCCAUCGUGGGAGUCGGGGGCAGCGGGGAGUACAGUCGCGCCAAUGGCUGCGACUCCCUGUAUCCGUCGGGCCUCUGGGAGCACAGUGCCCCCGGGGGCGCCACAUCCGCGGACGAUCUGUUCAUGAAGCGCUACACGGACAAGACACCCAUCAUAGACUCAACGCAGCUGUAUGACUUGCACGAGCGGACGGCGGCCACGGAUUAUUUCAGCAAAACCUUCCCCAGAUCCCAUCUACAGCAGGGAAUGACAAGCGUUGGCGGAGGAGGAGGAGGAACUUCAACUGCCUCCACUGUGACCACCAAUUUGUCGGGUGGCUCCUCAUCGGGUUACCCCAAUGAUUAUGGUUUGCCUCUGGUCCCGGGGGCCGAGCACCAGCACAACCAUCAGCUGCAGAUGCAUCCGCUGCAGCAGCUCCAGCAGCAGCUGACCUCCACGCUGAACCACCAGAGGCGGGCGGAGGAGGGCAGCUCCACCGGGAGCAGUCCGCACUUCAGUAGCCGCACCCUGCCGCGUCUGCACGAGAACAGUGGGGGCAGCGGGGGCGGCAGCUCGCGGUCGUCGCCCACGCCGGCCAACCAGGGAGUCAACCAGGCGAACCCCAGCACCAGCACCUCCAGUUCCUGCUCCAUCCUGCCCAACGGGCAGCCAAUCAACGCCAAGACGAUACGGGUGUGGCAGAAGGGCGGGGUGCCCGUCCUGCCGCCCGUGACGGCCCUGAAAAGGGCCCUGAUCAGCAGCAGCCGCAACUCGCCGGACGAGGGAUACCAGGAAGGAUGCGGCACGGAUGUGUAAGCACUUCGCACCGAGGGAAAGAGGAAACCAAACCAAGAACUGACUAAACUUAACACAAAAAAUAAGAAAAAGAAAUAAGAUGUAACGACGAUGGUGGGGAGGUAGCUCUUUUUAGGUAUAACACUCAUAAAUAGAUAGCUCCGGGGUCCUAGGCGAGCAGCGAUUAUUGUGCAAGCGAACUGUUUGUGAUAGUGUCUGACAAAAAGAUAAUGCGAAUGAAGAUAAUAAUUGCCCAAAGCAAAGAGAAAGCUAAAACGAAAUCAACUGCACUACACUAAAGUAUACUCUCCUUGGCAAGAAACUCAACUAACUAAACUAAACUAAACUAUAAAGCUAAACUAAAAACCUAAAUGUAAAAGUAAACUAAUUAAAAAUAGGAUAUGUACAGCAACAUUUUCUUUAAAUAACAUGGCAACUCUCAACUCCCCGCAUAACGAAAAAAAAGAUAAGAAAAGAAAAUAACCCAAAAACAUAUAUGGAAAAGCAACCAUGUGAAUGUAACUAAAUCUAUAAAUAUUUAAAUGUAUGUGACUAUGUGUGUGCAUGUGUGUGUGUAAUUUCUUCGUUGUUCGGUUAGAAAAAAAAAGUAAAAAGGAUCCCAAAACCAAUAAGCCCUUCCUCCAAGAGUUAUAAUCAUAAAUCAGACCCGAGGAACCGAACUUGCGGCUCAACAUUUGUAAGAUAUACAUUCACAUAUAUGGUAUGCAUACGUAUGGUAAAGCUGCAGAAGAAGUAAUAUAAAUCAUGGUAAAUGUAUAUAUUAGAUAACCCAUAGACAAGGAAACAAAUUCUUGAUCCGACAUUGUUUGAAAUUAUUCCAUGUCCUGUUAGAAGCUGUGAAAUAUUGUAAAACUAAAGCAGGCUCUAAGUCUAAACAAAGGGUAGCAGUAAAUCCUUUUUGCAUCUUAUAAUUACGCAUUAUUUCCUUCCUUAUUACGUUAAUUGCAAAAUUAAAAUAAAAUUCCUUCCCUUUGAACUUUUUGCAAA